AUGCAAAGCUUUACACUGUUUAUAACAUUUUUUUGCUUUGCGUUUGCGAAUGCUGUAGAUUACUUUGAUCAAUUACAAAAUGAAUUGAAUCAGAGCCCAACAGGUCAAGUGCGUCGAUUCUACAUAACGGCUGAGGAAACGAUAUGGGAUUAUACCGCUGAAAGUUCACAAAUGGACGAAGAAUAUGAGGAUCUCACCUAUACAAGGAAGAAGGAGCGUUAUCAUUGGCAAGGGAACAUGGGACCUAUUUUGAGAGCAGAAGUAGGCGAUAUUAUACAGGUUUUUUUCUGGAACAGGGCCUCAAGAAACUACACGAUCCAUCCGCAUGGUAUAUUCUAUGAAUUUGAAAUGGAAGGGGCUGUUUUCAAAGGGGCCUAUGAAGGAAGCAGUGUUACGCCUAAUCACAACUACACUUACACUUGGAACGUUCUACCAAGAGCUGGACCAGGUCCGAAAGAUGGGAAUUCUAUUGUCUGGGGCUAUCAUUCACACGUAACAGAAAAUGACAUUUAUGCAGGGCUAUACGGUGCUAUCGUAAUUUACAAGCCUGGUACUCUGAAUACGGAAGACCUAGUCAGUUCUGUUUUCAUUAUGGAUGAGAAUCUCUCCCCUUACCUUGCCAAAACAAUGGCAAAAUUGUAUCCUGAUUUUAAUGACGCCAAGUAUGAUAAAAAAACGAUUUACAACGCUAGAACUUUUCCUAGCAUCAACGGGCUAUCGAUGGCAAGUCCGAAAGACUUGGUUUUAAAAGGAGGAAAAGAGCUGGUGUGGCAUUUAUUGGGUUGGGGGACAUAUUGGGAUGUUCAGUACUUAAAAUGGCAAAAUGCAGAGGUGAUAUUAGAUGAACAAAAGGUCGAUUAUGUGCGGUUGAUGCCAGCCUCCUUUUACACUGUAACUGUUAUUUCGCAAGAUGUAGGCGUGUAUAAGUUUGGUUAUUUGGAAAACAGUGACAGAAAAUGUAUGGCGAUGAAUUAUCGAAUUGUUUAA